CCUUGAUGGAGGCCGGGCUUCCAGCUCCGCCCUGCCAUGCCCCACUAGCUUGGCCCGUUCAACCCGACAAUCCCGACUUGUCCACUGCCCCUCUUCUUCCUGCCCCGCCUGAUCUCUCUCCCUCGUCGCCGACAAACAUAUCGGGCUGGCUUGAGUCGUGUCGUUCCCUUUGCUUCUUCUGGUUCUUGGAGACCACAUCCAUCAUUUACUUGAUUCCCCAACUUCACGCGUGAGAGCCAAAAGGCCCAAGACCCAGACCAGGUUCAUCAGCGGCACGGCCAAGCCAACCUACCAUCACUAUGGCGACUGCAGAACACUGCCUGUUCUGCUUCGAGGUUCUAGCCGCCCACCUCGAGGACCGCAAGCCCAUGUCGCUAGCCGAGGUGCAGAAGUCCUGGGCCCAGUACAUUCGCUCAACCGGAACCGAAGCCGCGGCCGACGACAACGGCGCCACAGCCAGCAACACCAAGUUCUCCAAGCGCCUGCCUGCCCUCCACCGCGUGACCGAAGUUUCGUCCACCUCCAGCAUCGCCUCCUCCUCCGCCUCAGACAGCACUCUCUCACUGGGGCCGGACACCCCCGCGACCUCGGAGGAGGAGGAACUCGACCCCUCCUCGCCGCCCACCCCACCCACCUCAUCCCCGCUCUUCGUAACCUGGAACACGCUGUCCCCGCGCCACGGCGGGCACGCCUCGCUGCGCGGCUGCAUCGGCACCUUCGAACCGCAGCCGCUCGAGGAAGGGCUCUCGUCGUACGCACUCAUCUCGGCGCUGCAAGACAUGCGCUUCAGCCCCAUCACCCCGCGCGAACUGCCCGUCCUCGAGUGCGCCGUCACGCUGCUGACCGACUUUGAAGACGCCGCCGACGCGUUUGACUGGGAGCUCGGCACGCACGGCCUGCGCAUCUCAUUUUACUAUCACGGCAAGCGGUACGGCGCAACCUACCUCCCCGAUGUCCCGGUCGAGCAGGGGUGGACUAAGGAGGAGACGGUGGUGAGUCUGAUGCGGAAAGCGGGGUGGGUUGGCCGGAAGGAGAAGUGGACCGAUGUUGAGCUGGAUGUGGUGCGGUAUCAGGGGAAGAAGGAGAAGAUGGCGUAUGCCGACUUUAGGAGGUGGCGGGAGUGGGUGGAGGGAAAGGGCAAGUGAGCUACCUACCUGAGGGAUGUAGUAGGGGACCUAGGGGUUAGACGGGUUAGACCAAAUUAGAGGGGUCAAACGGGAGAUGGCGCCACAGGGGAGUGAAGGGGUCCAUGGAUUAUCAGAUAAUGGCAUGGGUAGGGCGUUGGGAAGGGUCUGGUUAGGUUUUGGACUGGGCUUUGGGAAAAUGGAUGCUACCAAGGAGGUGUGGUGGUGAUUCUUACGCCGAUGUUUUGGCUUGCGCACUACGCGCUCCCAUUUCGAGGCACGAUCAUGGGGUUUGGAAGGUCUCUUGGCUUCAACUUCGUUUCGGAAGACGACAAUCCACACAGUUGCAUGAUUUAGACAUGCCAUAAUAACGACAACAGAGCCGUACAACAGGUAUCUCUGCUUAAGAAGAAUUCAGUAAUCGACCGCAUGAGAA